CUUCUUUCACACUGUCCUGCAGUUUCUGUCCUGCACAAACAUAUUUAUUGCGCGUUGCGGACUCAGUCACGCACAUGUUAAAAAAUGAAGUCCACGUUUUUGUUCUUUUUCAUCAUUUGGUUUGCAGAUGCAGAGCUAAAACCCCGGAAAGGGUCCGGGGUCGAAUGCACUUUUAAAGACAAGACCUACAGCCCAGGAGACAGCUGGCAUCCCUAUCUGGAGCCUUUCGGGUUUAUGUUCUGCGUGCGCUGCGCGUGCACGGAGUCAGGCCACGUGAGGUGCAGCACAAUCAAGUGUCCCGCUGUGGCCUGUGAGAACCCAGUGUCCGAGCCCCAGCAGUGCUGCCCGCGGUGCACAGACGAGCCCAGGAUCCCCGCAGGACUGAGGGCUUCGGUGAAGUCCUGCAGGUAUAACGGAAGUAUUUAUCAGCCAGGGGAGACCUUCACUAAGCACGACCUCUUCCCGUCCAAGCAGAGCAACCAGUGCGUCAUGUGCACGUGCUCCAAUGGAAACAUCUUCUGCGCUUUGAAGACCUGCCAACCAGUCACCUGCUCCUCGCCGGUGUCAGUCCCAGAUACCUGCUGUUUAGUGUGUAAAGAUUAUGGCACCAGUGGGUCCUCGUCCUCCGAAGAUGGAAACCAGCAGCUGAACAGAGGCGUCAGGCACUCGGUCGACCAGUGUUCUGGGGAGCAGAGCAGGGCCACCCCACCCAGGGUCAGGAUCACGCCAAGAGGCCUGAGCCUCAGCAAACUCAACCUCAAAGGGGCUUCAGAGACCACUGUGAAGAUCCUGCUGCAGAGGAAACACCAAAGAGCUUGUUUAUACAACGGCAAGACGUACUCGCACGGAGACACGUGGCACCCGGUGUUGGGGAAGGUCCUGGAAUGCAUCCUUUGCACUUGCACCGACGGCCUUCAGGACUGUAAGCGCAUCACGUGCCCCAGCCACUACCCGUGCCAACACCCCGCCAAAGCAGCGGGGAAGUGCUGCAAGGCCUGUCCAGAGAGCAAAUCGGAGCGAAACCAGACCCAGUGUUAUGUCGGAUACAAGAACAACCUCUUGGUGUAUAAGGUGGAAUCGUCUUUGGGGGUCGACCCCCCCCACUCGGUCAGGGUCAUUGUGGUUGAAAGACAAAGUACAGCUGAGGUUGACGUGCAAGUGUGGAAGACCGUGGAGGGCGCUCUGCAGUUGAUGGAAAUUGGUGACGUUCAAAGAAAAGAUAUAAUGGAUCAUCCUGAAAAUUACACAUUGUUGACGACGCUCGAUGAAGAAACAUGGAGAAAAUUUAAAGAGGAGGGAGCAAAUCUGAGCAAAGCUCCGCAGACCACGAUCUGUGAAGACGGGAUCCGGGAGAUGGUGACUUUCCUGAACCCCAAGCAGACUGAAGACCUGUGCACGCCAUGAGGAGACCCUCCACCCCUGUAGUCACGUCCACGCUUCACGUACUUCACACGAGUCAUGACGUAAACGUAGUAGUUCCCAUGUCUUUUCUCAACGUCGGUGCGUUUUCAUCACAAACUGCCACGUGGUUCGUCUCCAUCCGUCAUAAUUUAUUAGAUUGGCUGGAUUUACUGUAAACCAAACACAAGCCUUAUGUAAUAACAGUUGGAUCAGCUCCAUAUUUAUUGUAAAUACAAAUGGGGGAUGUUGUACAGUAUGAUUUCUGUGUAUAUACAUUUGAUUGUGAAUGUGCAGAUGAUUCUCGUCACAUCGAGGCACGAACCGAAUCGCGUUUCCGUCCUUGUGAGGUCAGAUUUGGACCUACUGCUGGUCCUAGAAGGUUCGUACGGGAAGUAUUAGUGUUUUAAAAAGGCGGCUCACGCUCACGUAGCUGAAUGCACUCUGUAGCUCUGUGCACGUGUGAACAUAUAAACCCGUUUUACAGCAGUGGAACACGUUUGUCUGAUUUGUUUCUACAGUAGCUUUAAGUGACAGAGCAGGUUCGAACGCUGAGUAGGAGUCAUGCGUGGUAUAAUAUGAACUGGAGACAGGCGUGAGCUGCGGCCUGGAGCUCAUAGUCUGAUUCUUCAGCCCGGCCCAGCCGCAGCGGAGCUCUCAUAACUCCAUCGGUGCCUGAAGGGUUCCAUUAAACCGAGCAGCAGAACGCCAGAUAAACUGGGUUCCCCCUGGAGAUGAAAUGUUAUCAUAGCCGUGGAAAUCAAAAGCAGAAGUCGAAGCUCCCUUCAUGUCCCACACACACACACACACACACACACACACACACACACACACACACACGCACACGUUUCUACCAGCAUUUCCAUAAAAAUUCCUUGUUAGCUGUUUAGUUCCUAAAUAACUGCUCGGUAAAAGUCCUCAUGGCAGUUCCCACCUGUGUAAUCACUCAGUACGGUUCAGAGGCAGGAGGUGGGCUUCCUGCCCCAUAUCAACGAAACCUUGGAUUAGUUCAGGCUUAUUUAGGACAGAACCGAGGACCGAUUAGCAGCUGAACACCUGGAGACUUCACUCAGGCGUUGGUGGAGACCUAAACGGGAGCUAAAAGUGGCUCCACAGACUCCAUAAUACUAGAUAAUAACAAUAGUAGUAAUGACUCCUACAGUUCUAUGAGUCCUACAGACAGUGUAGGGUGGUACUGUACGUAGAUGUCGAGGUCGUUUUCCUCAACAGCACAGACUCGAUCAACAGGUGUCCAAUGAUCCGUGUGGUUCCCAUGACUCAGUGGCUCCGCAGUGACGAGUGGGCGCUGCAGAAUAACAUGCCUCCCUUCAGCGCGAACCCCCCGACGGGCUCUCGCCGUCCCCUCCUCUCCGACAAUGACUCAUUGUGUUCCUCCGACGCUCCGCGCCAGACAGCCCUGUCCGUCUCUCACCAAAGGCAUGAAGCAAUAUUGUGAAACAGACACACUUCGCUUGUGUAGCUUCAUUACGCUCACAAAAGGCCGCGGCGGCUUUGUGUGAGCCUCGGAACCGACCCGCUGCAACAAUCUCUCCUUUCUCUGCCCAAUAUCAAGUCAGAUUUCGGCUUUUUACCCGCGCUGGUUGUCGAAAACCAGCGCUAAGUGCACAUUUUCCUGGAUCGUUCUUUGUCGUUUCUGAUGAAAAUCUUAUCAGUCCACAUUUAGUGGAUGUUUGAUUUCGUCUCCGGGGCCGAUCCAGCUAUGCAUGCUUGAUCUUGGCUCCGGCAAUUGUAACAGCUGGGGGCAGUCAGUAGGUAUAAAUCAUGCACCCGCUCAGCUCUGUGUAUGUGUGAAGUCCAGCUCCAGUGAGAAGUGAGAAGAAAAUGUGAGACCCGGGGUCACGACCCGGCCCCGGAUUGGAGGCGCUUCUUAGCCAUUAUUAUGAUAUUAACAAAUCUGUUUUGCUUUUGGUUUUGAAUGUCACUGCUUUUGUGGGAGCGUCAGAAAAGACGUUAGCCGGGAACCGAAGCGUUGCGGGAAACCUUUUGAUUCAAAGGGAGCCAAACUGUGUUAGGUUAAUUAAGCCUGAUAGAUGUGUUUGCUUUCAUAGCUGAUUAAGGUGCUCCGCGAGUUUAUACCCCGUCCAAAUACUUCCGAAACCUAUCAAGGGCUCUGUUUUUUACACCCUCAGCCCCUCGUUAAUUAAGUUGGCCCUGAUCAUUUCAGCUGAAGCUUGGAGUGUGGCCAAGGGAACGCGGACAGUACCGGGAUGCGUUUCAUGAAUGGCUCAGUCUUCUCGCUCUUAAAGGUCACACUUCUAAGCACAUGCUCGUAGCGACUGUGGACUGUUAAAAAGCGAGCACAGUGAGAGCGUUUGUUUCACACAAUAAAGAAGCCGACCACAACUUUACAGCUGUGAUCUGCAAUUAAUAAUGACCUUUUUAUCAGAUGUCGGCCAGACGGAGCGAAGGCUUUUUUUUUUUUUUUGUA